AGAGAAGAAGUGCGUGUAAUGCGCGUGUGCGUGUGUGUGCAGCUCCUAUCUCAGAAGUAAGGAAAAUCAACGUAGUUGAACAUCUCUGCUAAUCUGGUUCAACGAACGCGAUUAUUGGCGGUUGACACACGAGUAACGUGCUCUCUCUCUCUUUCUAUAUAUAUCUUUCUAUAUAUAUAUAUAUAUUUAUACUUAUAUCUCCAGUGCGCGAGGGAUAUCGCUCGUGCAGAUGACAUGUCGCGGUUUGGUGAGAGCGUUGUGGACUUGCUGUGGGCGGCGGGCGAAGGCGUCAUCGACCGGCUGAAGUUUCUCUCCCGCUCCCUCGUCGAGGACGACGAGUACGUGCUCGUCUUCCUCCUCUUCCUCGGCGUGCCGGCGAUCGUGGCGAUGGGGCUCAUCGCACGCGUGAUUCGCCGCACGCAUGAUCGGGUGCGCUACGCCGCGGAGUACGAGGAGCAGGACGCGGACGCCUUCACCACCUCCAGCAGUAGCGCCGCGAGGUCGAGCUCGAGCAGCAGCAGCAGCAGCAGCGAGGACGAGGACGAGUGUGGCGCGACGGCUGCGAGGCGGUACACCAUGGAGGAAAUUGCCACCGCCGCGCGGCAGCUGACGGAGCAGGAGACGUUGCAGCGACGCAAGGCGAGGCGGGCUGCUGCGGAGGCGGAGGCGGAGGCGGUCACCUUGGAAGUGACGGCUGCUGCCGCUGCUGAGCCGCCGUCAGCGUCAGCGUCAGCGCCAGAACCGGCAGCUCCAGCCGAGGUGUCAGACCGGAAAGAAACGGCGAAAGCCGAGAAAGCUGCCGUGCGUGAAGCGCAGACCUCGUGA